UGUCCAACCUAACGGAAAAAAUCCAUAGUCAGGUGACGAUCCCGUGUGACAGUUCUUGUUUUUUCAAUCCAAAAUAUUAAUAAAUAUCACCUCAAAAUCCAAUAAAAAUGGCUUUACUUGCUGCUGUAAAGGGAAAACUCAUGAGUGUCAUCGGUGACGAGGACACAUGCGUUGGAUUCCUUUUGGGUGGGAUUGGUGAGAUCAACAAGAACAGACACCCAAACUUCAUGGUCGUUGAUAAAAACACCCCAGUCAGUGAAGUAGAGGAUUGCUUCAAGCGCUUCGUAAAGCGUGAUGACAUCGACAUCAUCCUCAUCAACCAGAACAUUGCGGAGACCAUCCGGCAUGUGAUCGACGGCCACACUUCUGUGAUGCCCGCCGUGCUCGAGAUCCCCUCCAAGGACCAUCCUUAUGAUGCAUCUAAAGACUCUAUUCUGCGUCGCGCUAAGGGCAUGUUCAACCCCGAGGACCUGGUACGCUAAAGCCAUAUUUAUUGCAUGAUUCUUAUUACUACUAAACAUGUUUUAGACAAAUUGGCACCUGUAUAUGCCAACUAAGUUAAACUAACUAUACCCAAUUAUUACCAUGUACAUAAUACCUGCAUUUACAUGUGUGCAAUCUGUUUGAAUCUAAUACAUUCCUGCUCCAAAUAAGAAAAUAUAUAUGUUACACAGGUAAAAAUUACAAUAUAUUUUAGUUGUUACAUAAAGCUGAGUAUUACACAAAUAGGAUAAAUUAAUGAAAUAUAGAUGGUGUAAAUUAUUAAAGUUGUUGAAUAAAGAACAAACAUAAUAA